AUGGCCUCCAUGAAGGGAGCGCGGCGGCGACCCGCGUCGUGGAGAACCACCACCACUACUACAACACGCCCAGGCCGGCGGUGGGAGCGGGUCGACACCCGGGGGAACGAGCGAGCCUCUGAUUUCACUCACUACAACACCAAACCUGAGAUACCGACCUACGACGACGCCACCUAUGAACAACACCUCACUCACCCUCACUGGACGAAGGGCGAGACAGACUACCUCCUCGAAACCUACCUCGAAAGCAACGGCAAAUGGCCCGUCAUCAUCGAUCGUUACUCCUACCCGGAAGGCUCGAAUCGCUCGAUGGAAGAGCUCAAAUCCCGAUUCUACCAGAUCUCCGCCACCAUCCUACAACUCCGAACGCCCAUCACCUCCAUGACUGCGCCAGAGUACAGCCUCUACGAAACUCUAUCAAACUUCAAUCCGAAGCAGGAAGCCUCCCGCAAGCAGCUCGCAGAGGGACACCUCUCCCGGCCACAGAACGAGGUCGAUGAGGAGGGUGUGCUUUUGAGCGAACUGCAGCGCAUCAUGUUGAAUCAGGCCACGCUCGACAAUGAGCGCGAGGAGCUCCGUCGCCGCCUGGACUACCCAAGAGCCAACACGAACGGCUACCAGUACACCUCAUCCCAAGCACUCACGGGACUAUGGCAGCAGCUGCUCGCCGCAGAUCGCAUGAAGAAGAAUCAGCGACUGAGAGCAACAGCAACGCCCGGCAACAGCCUGCCGGUCGAUCUAUCAGACGAAGACAUGCUCCGCCUUGGAGUCGUGCAGAGCCAGGACAAGCUGCCGAGUGGGAUUACGUUCGCCAGCGACAAGCUUUCAAAGCCACGCAUCGCCAAAUCGACAAUCCAAACGGAUAAGAUCGCCGCGAUCCUACAGCAUGCCGGAGUACCAGAUCUCAUCCCACUACCAACUCCCGCAGUGGUGGAGCAGUUUGAUGCCGUCAUGAGCAAGGUGCACGCAUUGCUAGACUUGCGCAAAGUGGGAGAAAGGGAAGCACAGGAGAUCAGAGUGCGUGAGGCUGAGGCACAGUCAUGA